AGUGUGGGCGCAGCCCCGGCUCUCCGAGCGCCCGGGCGGAGCGGGCAGCCGGGCGCGGAGCAGGCGAACCGAGCCUCGGUGGGCGAGCGCCCUGGCUGGAGCCGCGGCGGUAGGGUGGCGGGGUAGGUGCAGGCCGCGGCGGGCAGUGGGCUCGAGCCGCUUGCAAAUCGCAGCCUGGGCGGCAGGGCCCAUCGAGGGCUGGCAGGCCGGAGCUAGUUCCUAAGGUUCUGGAAGGGGCUGCGGCAAGGACCCCGGCCCCCGAAGGGCCCGGGACGCGAAAGGCGGCAGGGGCAGGCCUGGCGGCGGCGCGCGGGACUCAGGCUUUCCCCAGGCCCUCCAUGAUGAAUGGUUUGGGGGCACUUCCCUCUCGCUGUAUUUGAUAGUCUGGGCAGUGGAGAGAUGGCUGACAGUGUCAAAACCUUUCUGCAGGACCUUGGCAGGGGAAUCAAAGACUCCAUCUGGGGCAUCUGUACCAUCUCAAAGCUAGAUGCUCGGAUCCAGCAGAAGAGAGAGGAACAGCGUCGAAGAAGGGCAAGUAGCCUCUUGGCCCAGAGGAGACCCCAGAGUGUAGAGCGGAAGCAAGAGAGUGAACCACGUAUUGUUAGUAGAAUUUUCCAGUGUUGUGCUUGGAAUGGUGGAGUAUUCUGGUUCAGUCUCCUCUUGUUUUAUCGAGUGUUUAUUCCUGUACUUCAGUCAGUAACAGCCCGGAUUAUUGGAGAUCCAUCACUUCAUGGAGAUGUUUGGUCAUGGCUGGAAUUCUUCCUCACAUCAAUUUUCAGUGCUCUUUGGGUGCUCCCCCUGUUUGUGCUUAGCAAAGUUGUGAAUGCCAUUUGGUUCCAAGAUAUAGCUGACUUGGCAUUUGAAGUAUCAGGGAGGAAACCUCAUCCAUUCCCCAGUGUCAGCAAAAUAAUUGCUGACAUGCUCUUCAACCUUUUGCUACAGGCACUUUUCCUUAUUCAGGGGAUGUUUGUGAGUCUCUUCCCCAUCCAUCUUGUGGGUCAGCUGGUUAGUCUGCUGCAUAUGUCUCUUCUCUAUUCACUGUACUGCUUUGAGUACCGUUGGUUCAACAAAGGAAUUGAAAUGCACCAGCGAUUGUCGAACAUAGAAAGGAAUUGGCCUUACUACUUUGGGUUUGGCUUGCCCUUGGCUUUCCUCACAGCAAUGCAAUCCUCCUACAUUAUCAGUGGCUGCCUCUUUUCUAUCCUGUUUCCUUUAUUCAUCAUCAGCGCCAAUGAAGCAAAGACUCCUGGAAAAGCAUAUCUUUUCCAGUUGCGCCUAUUCUCCUUGGUGGUCUUUUUAAGCAACAGACUUUUCCACAAGACCGUCUACCUGCAGUCAGCCCUGAGCAGCUCGUCCUCUGCAGAGAAAUUCCCUUCGCCACAUCCUUCUCCUGCCAAACUGAAAGCUGCUGCAGGCCACUGAGCCCUGCUGUCAAAGGGGUGGGUGGGACUGGGUGGAGGAUGUGGCAGCUCUUUUCUCUGUUUUCCUCCCCCUGCCGUGGAAGGCAGAACCCACUGCCAAGGGCCCUCUGCAUAGUCCCUUGUCUUUGAAUUGGAAUCUUCCUGACUCCAGUAUAUGGAUUUUUACCACCACCCUAGGUCUGUAAGGACCAGAGUUUUCCAGCUGUUUUUUUAGCACUUGCCAGCUCCUGUGCCUGGACUGAUUGAUUUGAGUACUUUUUUCCCCCUUUCCUUGUGUCAUUUACCCUCCCACUUCCUCCUGCCUUCCAGCACCCCUGGAUGAAUGGGCUUUGUAAUUUUAACUGUUGUAUUUUGUGAAUUUGUUGUUACUGUUUUUCUGUGAAGCACAUACAUUGUAUGUGGGAGGUAAAGGGGCAUUCCAGUUGCUCCAGUCACUCCCUCUAUAGCCAUCACUGUCUUGUUUUCUGUAACUCAGGUUAGGUUUUGGUCUCUAUUGCUCUGCUGCAGAAAAGGAAAGAAAGGAGUGGGGGAAAUGGAGCCUGAAGAGUUGGGGCAGAUAGACCUCAGCCAAACUGGCUGGGUUUUGAGGAGUCAUGUUCUUUCUUCCCCUUGAAGGGGAAAGAGUUUUUUCCACUGGUCCAUUUAAAGUUUCCCAGCUAUGGGGUGGUACCAGUUCUGGACAAGUGCCACUGCAUCAUAGUAUGCUCGGAGAAUCUGAACCUUACUCUGAAGAUGAAAUUUACUGUUGGCCACUGCCAGGUCAGACUGGUGUUUUAAGGAAUACUGGGUGCUUCAUAUAGGAACUGAAGGGGUAAACUUACUAAACCAUUCAACCUGUGAUUGGUGAUGUUUUCCUGUCAUUUUAAGAGUCGACACAUGGGUGGGGGGGCAGAUGUAAAAAAACUUGUACAAUUUUAAAAUAUCACAAUUAAACGUGAGCUGGUUUCCCAAAAUA